ACUUCCGUGUUUGCGCCCGUCCUGCGUGUGUGUUCAAGCUGCUCCUGCAGACUCUACAGUGUCUUGUGGCUGUUGUCUUGAGAUAAAUAAUCAUGUCUCUGGAGGUGGAAUCAGCAGACGUGAUCCGUCUGAUUAUGCAGUACCUUAAAGAAAAUAACCUGCAACGGACUCUAGUCACCCUGCAGGAAGAGACCACCGUGUCAUUGAACACUGUGGACAGUAUUGAGAGCUUUGUGGCAGACAUAAACAGCGGCCACUGGGACACUGUCCUGCAAGCCAUCCAGUCCCUCAAGCUGCCAGAUAAGACCCUGAUAGACCUGUAUGAACAGGUGGUGUUGGAGCUGAUUGAAUUGAGAGAGUUGGGUGCAGCCCGUUCUCUCCUCAGGCAGACCGAUCCCAUGAUCAUGCUGAAACAGACCCAGCCAGAGAGAUACAUCCACCUGGAGAACCUACUGGCUCGCUCUUACUUCGAUCCCAGAGAGGCAUACCCAGACGGCAGCAGUAAGGAGAAGCGACGGGCAGCCAUCGCCCAGGCCCUGGCAGGGGAGGUCAGCGUGGUACCGCCUUCUCGUCUCAUGGCUCUACUGGGACAGUCUCUGAAGUGGCAGCAGCAUCAGGGUCUCCUGCCUCCUGGUAUGACCAUCGAUUUGUUCCGGGGUAAAGCUGCUGUUAAAGAUGUGGAGGAGGAGCGCUUCCCCACCCAGCUCAGCAGACACAUCAAGUUUGGACAGAAAUCCCAUGUUGAGUGUUCCCGAUUCUCCCCUGACGGUCAGUACCUGGUCACUGGCUCUGUGGACGGCUUCAUCGAGGUCUGGAACUUCACCACCGGCAAAAUCAGAAAGGAUCUGAAGUACCAGGCUCAGGAUAACUUCAUGAUGAUGGACGAUGCAGUGUUGUGUAUGGGCUUCAGUCGAGACACAGAGAUGUUGGCCACCGGAGCUCAGGAUGGAAAGAUUAAGGUGUGGAAGAUCCAGAGCGGUCAGUGUCUGAGGAGGUUUGAGCGCGCCCACAGUAAAGGAGUAACGUGCAUCAGUUUCUGUAAAGACAGCAGCCAGCUCCUCAGUGCCUCCUUCGACCAGACAAUCAGAAUCAAUGGACUGAAGUCCGGUAAAACUCUUAAGGAGUUUCGUGGCCACUCCUCAUUUGUGAACGAGGCCACCUUCACUCCAGACGGUCACCACAUCAUCAGCGCUUCCUCAGACGGUACAGUGAAGAUGUGGAACAUAAAGACCACUGAGUGCACCAACACCUUCAAGCCUCUGGGCACGUCAGCCGGCACUGACAUCACAGUGAACAACGUCAUCCAGCUGCCAAAGAACCCAGAGCAUUUUGUAGUGUGUAACCGCUCCAACACAGUGGUCAUCAUGAACAUGCAGGGACAGAUCGUGAGGAGUUUCAGCUCCGGUAAGAGGGAAGGUGGUGACUUUGUGUGCUGCACUCUGUCGCCCCGCGGCGAAUGGAUCUACUGCGUGGGUGAAGACUUUGUGCUCUACUGCUUCAGUACCGUCACCGGCAAGCUGGAGAGAACGCUGACGAUCCACGAGAAAGAUGUGAUCGGCAUCGCCCACCACCCGCACCAGAACCUGAUCGGCACCUACAGCGAGGACGGUCUGCUGAAGCUCUGGAAGCCUUGAUGUGUUUGACUGGACGUUGUCACACAGCAGCUGCUCUCCUCACUCUGGACACUGCUCGGCCCAGUCUGUCCUGUUUUUGUCUUUUUUCUGGGGGAAUCCUUCUCUAUCCCGUCACUGUGAACUUUGAAGACACCAAAAAGUUUUACAUAUUCAUCUGCAAGUUUCAGGCCAGUUACCAUGACACUGAAUAUUGGCAACUAAUGGUAGUUUGGUGUUUGGACAGUGGAGCCUUAUUUACCUGAACCUGAGUCUAAGAAACUGUUUUCAGUUUGUCUAACACAGAAAUGAUUAUAUUUUUUAAAGCAACAUCAUUUGCUUUAUUUUAAUGCUAUUUGUGAAUUUAUAAGGCUAGGUGUCAUGUUGUUUAAGUAUGGGAAAGAAACUCUUUAAAAUGUGAACCAGGGAUACAAGUGUGACAAAUACUCUGUAAACGCUCAUUACACAUGUUAAGAAAGGUGCUUAGCUAGUUAAUUACCCAUAAUAAAGGUUCAGUUGCAGGUUAAGUGAAUAAGGUUCUGCUGUUCAACACCUGAUAUUUACAGACAUCCAGUAACUUCUUUUUCAGAGGCUUCAACUUCAGAGAGAGGAGGUGAGACGUCAGAUGUUCAGGAUGAGGAGUGUAGAUACUAGAAUCCAUUUGUUUUGAAAAUUCCACAUUUUUGUAAAUAUAUUUUUUAUUUGCAUUUUUUUUGUUUUUCCAAGAAGACCUGGUUAAAUAGUGAUGUGUUGUGUGUCUUUUUUUCUUCUUUUUAAGUUCCACCUAUAUUUGAAUGGCAUAUAUUUUACAUAUAUUUUGUAUCCUAAAUUGAUUUAGUUCUUUCAGCAUGGAGAACCAAAUCACACAUUCAAUUUAAUAACAAAGUCACUACAAAGGUAUUUUCCCGCACCAAGUACAUGUAUUUGGAAUAAGAGUUAAUAUUUCAAGGUUCUAUAAAUUGCUGGAUGUACUAAUUUCCCUUAAAAACAUCUCAUGUGUGCCAUUAAAGCUAUUUAACCAGAA